GCAAAUAUGCACCCGGUCCUUCAGAGAGAGUUUUCUUCUCAAGUUUCGCAAUCGGAGGAAUAUACGGAAGCUACAGGGGAGGAGAGGAAGAGGCCACGCCCACAGAUGCGCAAUCUGAAGAGCGACGGAAGUAGGUUUGUGUUUUGGCGACAGUGGCUCACGGAUGCAGGAGGACGGAGGAGCCCGGCGGGGGAAGGAAGGAAGCGCCGCCCGAGAGGAGGAGGAGGAGAGCGGGCCCCGCGGAGCAGCCCUGCCCGGUCCCGGCGCGGCUUCCCCGGGAGACGGCGGGGAAAGGCCGGGGGGCUCCGGGGCUGCCGGAGGGAUGAGCCCAGGGGGAGCCCGGGAAAGGCGGCUGCCUGGAGGGCGAUGCGGGGAGGAGGAAACGGGCGGAGACCCCGAGACGGUCCUGGAGGGCGGAGGCUCCUUCGGAAGACCCGGGAGGCCCCCAAGGAUCCAGGAGGGAGGAAAGGAACAUCAGUGCCCAGAAUGUGGAAAAUCCUUCAAAAAAAAUGGAGAUCUUCAAAGGCAUCUAAGGAUCCACUCAGGAGAAAAACCUUAUAAAUGCUUUGAGUGUGGAAAGAGCUUCUGUUACAGGAGCAGCCAUGAUAGACAUCAAAGGAUCCACUCAGGAGAAAAACCUCAUAAAUGCCUUGAAUGUGGAAAAAGCUUCAGUCAGAGCAGCAGCCUUUAUAGACAUCAAAGGAUCCACUUGGGAGAGAACCUGAAUAAAUGCCUGGAGGAUGGAUGGGCCUUCGGAAAAUGCGAGACUCCCCAAAGGAUUCAGGAGGGAGGGAGGGAAUUUCAGUCCCCAGAAUGUGGAAAAUCCUUCAAAAGAAAUGGAAAUCUUCAAAGGCAUAUAAGGAUCCAUUCAGGAGAAAAAUCUCAUAAAUGCCUUGAAUGUGGAAAGAGUUUCAAUCGGAGCAGCAGCCUUUAUAGACAUCAAAGGAUCCACUUGGGAGAGAACCUGAAUAAAUGCCUGGAGGAUGGACGGGCCUUCGGAAGAUGCGGGAAUUCCCAAAGAAUCCAGGAGGGAAGAAAGGAAUAUCAGUGCCCAGAAUGUGGAAAAUCCUUCAAAAGAAAUGGAGAUCUUCAAAGGCAUCGAAGGAUCCAUUCAGGAGAAAAACCUCAUAAAUGCCUUGAAUGUGGAAAGAGUUUCAGUCGGAUGGGAAACCUUUAUGUACAUCAAAGGAUCCAUUUGGGAGAGAACCUGAAUAAAUGCCUGGAGGACGGAGGGGCUUUCGGAAGAUACUGGAAUUCCCAAAGGAUUCAGGAGGGAGGGAGGGAAUUUCAGUGCCCAGAAUGUGAAAAAUCCUUCAGAACAAAUGCCCAUCUUAAAAGCCAUCUAAGGAUCCACUCAGGAGAAAAGCCUUAUAAAUGCUUUGAGUGUGGAAAGAGCUUCAGUCAGAGGAGCACCCGUGAUAGACAUCAAAGAAGCCACACCGGAGAAAAACCAUAUAAAUGCCUGGAGUGUGGAAAGAGUUUCACUUAUAGAGCCAACUAUAAGAGACAUCAAAGGAUCCACUCAGGAGAAAAACCUUAUAAAUGCUUUGAGUGUGGAAAGAGCUUCAAUCGGAGCAGCCACCUUUAUGGACAUCAAAGGAUCCACUCGGGAGAAAAACCAUAUAAAUGCCUGGAGUGUGGAAAGAGUUUCAGUCAUAGGACCAGCUAUAAGAGACAUCAAAGGAUCCACUCGAGAGAAAAACCUCAUAAAUGCUUUGAGUGUGGAAAGAGCUUCAGUCGGAGCAGCACCCUUUAUAAACAUCUAAGGAUCCACUUGGGAGAGAAGCCAAAUAAAUGCCUGGAAGGCGGAGGGUCCUUUCGAAGACCCAGGAGGCCCCGAAGGAUUCAGGAGGGAGGAAAGGAAUAUCAGUGCCUGGAAUGUGGAAAAUUGUUCAAAAGAAACCACCAUCUUCAGAGCCAUCUAAGGAUCCACUCAGGAGAAAAACCUCAUAAAUGCCUAGAAUGUGGAAAGAGCUUCAGUCAAAGAAGCAACCUUUAUAUACAUCAAAGGAUCCACUCAGGAGAGAAACCUCAUAAAUGCCUGGAAUGUGGAAAGAACUUCGGUCAAAGCAGCAACCUUUAUAUACAUCAAAGGAUCCACUCAGGAGAGAAACCUCAUAAAUGCCUGGAAUGUGGAAAGAACUUCGGUCAAAGCAGCAACCUUUAUAGACAUCAAAGGAUCCAUUUUGGAGAGAACGGGAAUAAAUGCCUGCAGGACGGACGGGCUUUCAGAAGAUGCAGGAGGCCCCGAAGGAUCCAGGAGGGAGGAAAGGAAUAUCAGUGCCCAAAAAUCCUUCAAAACAAGUGACUAUCUUAAAAGCCAUCUGAGGAUCCACUCAGGAGAAAAACCUUAUAAAUGCUUUGAGUGUGGAAAGAGCUUCAGUCACUGACUCCGAAGGCAGCUGGGAAAUAUCAGACGGCCCUGGUUCUAUCUCUGUUUCCGAUGCAGAGCAUCCAUCAGAGCCUUCCCCAGAGUUCAGGAGUGGCCCAAAUUCCUCCCCAACCUCCUCAUCGUCCGAGUCUGCCGCCGGCUCUGCCGACCGCUGGCAUCACAGCACAAUGCUGGAUUGUGACUCCUUUUUAAAAACUACUAAUGAAUGCUCUUUUAUGGGGGUCUGCAUAUUUUCUUGUAAAUUGAGAUGUAAAUUGGUCUUCCGCUUUACGUUCAUAUAUAGGGUCAUUUCCCCCCCAGAAACCUUUUAUUCCCCAUUGGGAAAUAAUAAUAUUGGUUUUCUUCUCUU